AUGGCUCCCAAGAUCGCAAUUGUCUACUACUCCAUGUACGGCCACAUCAAGGCCUUGGCCGAGGCCGAGAAGAAGGGCAUUGAGUCCGCUGGUGGUCAAGCCGAGAUCUUCCAGAUCGCCGAGACCCUCAACGAGGAAGUCCUGGGCAAGAUGCACGCUCCUGCCAAGGCUAGCUACCCCGUUAUUGAGCCCGCCGACCUCCUCGCCUUCGACGCUGUUCUGUUCGACCUUCUGGGACAAGACCGGUGGUAUUUGGGCCACCGGUGGCUUCUGGGCAAGUACGCCGGUCUCUUCGUGUCGACCGGUACUCAGGGUGGUGGUCAGGAGUCGACUGCCCUUGCCUCGAUGAGCACUCUCGCCCACCACGGCUUCAUCUACGUUCCUCUGGGCUACAAGACCGUCUUCGCCCAGCUGAGCAACCUGAACGAGGUCCACGGUGGUAGCGCCUGGGGUGCUGGUACCUUCGCUGGUGCCGAUGGUUCCCGUCAGCCCUCCGCUCUCGAGCUCGAGAUUGCCACCGCUCAGGGCAAGGCCUUCUACGAGACUGUUUCCAAGGUCCAGUGA